GUCGUCGUCCGUACUGCCAGCGAUCGCGAUUCCUCCCUCAAGUUCUCCAUCUUCGUCGAGAAGGUACUCUACUUAUUCUAUGAAUACAGUCUUUCCACUUUACUUGUUCUCGUCCCCGCCAACAUUUUGGUCAUUUCACCAUGGGCUGCCUAUUGGGCUCCCAUCGGUAACCCACCGAGCGACCUGAGCUCUCAAGUACGACGCAGCGGCAUCCUUCAUUCCGUCGAUCGCAAGGAGGGCCGGGUCUAUCUCUUCGUUGAUCUUGGGCUUCGGCUGGUUUCUUGCAUGUCUGUUGGCAUUUCGUCAGCCCAUACCGAACACAGUGAACGGCAGCAUUUACACGAAGAUGAAGAAAAACUGGCGUUCCUGCUGCAGGGAUCAGUCUGGGACGAAUGGAAAAAUCGCCCCGAAACGGAGAAGAACGGACUACUGCCGCUCCUUUCCCAGACAGCCCCGGGCUUGGAGAGUCUCGAUCUCACCAUGCGUCCCGCCGGUAUGGAUUUCUCUUCGCUCUGCCGACAGUCUUCCGUCUCUUCCUAA